UUGAUCUAUCCACUGGGGCAUAUGAAGAAUCCUUUAUUAUUUAAGGCUGUAACUAUUAGUGCAAAUGCAUGGAGUGAUGCGGGGCAUGCCGUGAAUCAUAUAUACGACAUUCUUUUUAUGAUGGAUCGGGAUGAUGUGUCGGUUGGAGUUGGUGGUGAUGGCGGGGUAUCUGAUGAGGGUACCAUACUGUCCAAUGUGGGUGGAUUUCUACCUUUAAUUGAGCAGGGCCUAACAACAGUAGGCUACUGCCGUUAUCGACAAGCUAUACCGAUAGGUGUUGGAGGAAGAUUACAUUCGGACACUAAUUUUGGAAUACGUAGGAGUUUUCUCCCUCAGGGUGACAGGAAAUAUAACCCUCUCACUCAACCUACAGCACAACAAGUGAUCAUUGACACAAUUUCUGCUGGGCCUACUACUGUUUUUUUGAUCGGCUCACAUACAAAUUUUGCGUUGUUUCUAAUGUCCAAUCCACACUUGAAGAAAAAUAUUGAACAUAUAUAUAUUAUGGGUGGCGGAGUAAGGUCGAAAAAUCCUACAGGUUGUUGCCCCAAGAAUUUCAGUACCUCCUGCAAGCCUCAACAGUGUGGCAAUGUCGGCAACCUGUUUACUGCAUAUGCUAGCAAUCCAUAUGCGGAGUUUAAUAUAUUUGCAGAUCCAUUUGCAGCAUAUCAGGUUUUUCAUUCUGGGGUUCCGCUUACUCUCGUCCCAUUAGAUGCGACAAACACCAUUCCUAUAGAUCCUCAGUUCUUCAAGGCAUUUUCUCAGCAUCAGACCACUUAUGAGGCACAAUAUUGCUUCCAAUCUUUGAAGAUGGCUCGUGAUACUUGGUUUGAUAAUAUGUUUUACCCAAGUUAUUGCAUGUGGGAUUCCUUUACUUCAGGCAUAGCUUUGUCGGACAUGCGUAACGCUCACAAAUCAAAUGGUCAAAAUGAGUUUGCUGAGCUCGAAUAUCUAAACAUAACCGUAAUUACUUCCAAUAAACCCUAUGGUAUAAAUGAUGGUUCAAAUCCAUUCUUUGAUGGUCGUGACAUUCCAAAGUUUAGACUGAGGAAAGGUGGGGUGCACAGUGGUCAUGUUCAGAUGGGACCUAGUGAUCCAUUUUGCUUUCUGAAAAAGAAAGGAAAGGGGAGAUGCGAGGAUGGAUACACCAAAGAAGUAGAUGGUUCGGAAGCAGUUUCUGUACAUGUUGCUAAAUACGCAAAACCAAACAGCAAAGCUAACAGUUCACUUCGUCUAGAAUUCUUCAAAAGUUUCUUGGAAGUUUUAAACCUUCCACAGCAGCGAGGACGGUUCAACUUCACCACACAAUUUCCGUAUUACAAAGAGGUUUUCUACAAGCCAGACUUUCAAAACAGAAAGCUGGGCAAGCCUGUAGUUUUUGACAUGGACAUGAGUGCGGGAGAUUUCCUUGCUCUUAUUUUUCUAUUGAAAGUACCUGUUGAAGUAAUAAACCUCAAGGCAAUAUUAGUUAGCAGCAAUGGUUGGGCAGAUGGUGCAACGAUAGAUGUCGUCUAUGAUGUGCUACAUAUGAUGGGUCGCGAUGAUAUACCAGUUGGCUUAGGAGAUUUUACUCCCUUGGAGUCUCCAACCCUUGGUUGCAAAUAUGUUCAGGCGAUUCCAUAUGGUAGCGGUGGAUUUAUUGACUCUGAUACACUUUAUGGACUUGCACGUUUGCUGCCAAGAAGUCCUAGAAGAUUCACUGCAGAAGAUUCCAUAAAAUAUGGUGCCCCAAGGAAUACUGCUCACCCGGAACUUAGGCAACCAUUAGUUCUUGAAGUUUGGCAGUCCAUUUCAAGGGAAGUAAAUCCAAGUCAGAAGAUAACAAUUUUGACUAAUGGCCCUUUAACUAACAUAGCAAACAUUAUUCUUUCUGACGAGAAAGCCACCUCAAUGAUUCAGAGCUUGUAUAUUGUUGGCGGCCACAUUGCUGGGAAUUACAGAGAUGAAGGAAACCUCUUCACUGUUCCAUCUAACAGAUAUGCAGAAUUUAACAUGUAUCUUGACCCCUUAGCAUCAAAGACGAUUUUCGAAUCCGAUGUGGACAUUAAUCUCAUCCCUCUCCAUGCUCAGCGCCAAGUAGUCUCUUUUCCUAAGAUUUUAUCAAUCUUAGAGCUUGCUGAAAAGACUCCAGAAUCUGAGUUUUCCCACCAUUUGCUAUCACUGCUCCAUAAAUUACAGCAAGAGCAUAAAGUUUACAGCCACAUGGAUAUUUUUUUGGGGGAAAUUCUGGGAGCAGUUUUUUUGGCUUCUCAACCUUAUCUAGAUUCACAGAUGCAAGUAAAGCCAGUGAGAGUCAUGACAGGGAACAUGGCCACGGAUGGUCAGCUUUUUGUUGAUGAGAAAAAGGGGAAUUUUGUGAAUAUUUUGGAUAAUCUAAACAGCGAAGCAUAUUACAGUCAAUAUGCAAAAUAUUUGAGUGAGAUGAAUCAGACUGCUGUGAUUGGGAGUUUUGAGCAGCAGAAAAAGCAGUGGAGCUCGCCUUCUAUCUAAUACGAACAAUUCUGAAGAAGCUUUUAGAUCUCCUCCCUACAGAUCUCUGAGUGAGAAUCAGUCUGCUUUGCUCCUUCAUUAGAUGUCUUAAAGCUCUGCGAUUUGCACAGCUAAUGCUCAACAUAAAGGCAAAGGAAGGUAAAGAAACCUAUUUGCCUUCUGUUAGUAGAUGAGCAUUGUGGUUUUGCAUUGAAGAUUUAGUUUUUCCUUUAAUAUUUAUAUAAUAUGCACAAAUAUGGAUGCUGCAUACAAAAAUGGUCAGAUGAAGCAUGAACACUGUUUUUUACAGAGUAAUUAUUUCCCUUUUCAUAAUAAAAAUCAAA